AUGCUGAGCCGCCUGUCAACAAAUUCAGUCAAAGGAAAGGACUUGAACGUCGUGUUCGCGAAACAGACUGCUGACGAUCAGCAAGGCCAAGAAAAUGAAAAGAAGCGCUCCGACCUUAAACAUUUCUGCAAAAAAAUGAAGCAUAACGGCCAAAUACUUUUUAGUGAAAAACUUGACGAGUUGGUGAGCGAGAAAAAGGAGGAGUACAUAUUUCAAACCAUGAAUAUAAUGGAAAACAAAAUCGCCAUGAGAAACAGGAAAACUCCAUUUUCUGUGAUUGAUUAUUUGCAACAUGAUGAUGGCGACGCCAAGAGGAAGCUGGAAACAAUGCGAGAAAAGUUGAUCAGUAAGAUGCCACCGAGGGAUAUCGCGGCAGACCCGAGCAACAACAAGAUGUUUGUACCAAAAUCCAAAACAGGACGUAAAGAUUUUUUGAACAAAAUUUUUGGCGAAAAAGAUUACAUACUCAACCGGUUAUCGACAAGCUCAUCGUACGGAAAAGAUAUCUACGCCAGUCUUCACCAAGUUGAAGAAGAUGAGGAUGAAUGCGAUUUCAACUUAAAGAAGAAAAUUAAUCUGAAUCGAGAUAAAUUUUUCAAACAAUUCUGUGAGGCUCCACCGGGUGUUCCUGUGAUGCAAAAUGAUGCGAGAAUGUCAAAUCUGCAUAUGUACAACUUGGAGAUGAAAUUGAAAAAACUCUCAACUAACUGUAAAAGCCCUUCAUUUAGGAAAUUAGCUGAGUUCAUGAAACAUAAAAAUGUUAAUUUGGAUGAAUUGUCAGAAAAUGAAAAUGAAGACGGUGACCAUAGAAACAUAACUGAGAAAGUUAUAAAAUGUGAUGACCACGAUGAAAAUUUAUUGGAACAGAAACAGGCAGAAAUGAAAGAUCACUUCACAUCUCUGUUAAAUCCAGUAGUUUUUGUUUCAAAAAAGAAAACUUCUAAAAUGAAAACGAAAAAAGUAAAACAUAAAAAAAUAGAAAAAGUUCAAAGUUGUAGUAAGCCAAGCAAGCAAAAGAUGCUCAUUCAAAAGAAUGAGGCUAAAAAAUCCGAAAUAACGCUUGCAAAGAAUGAAUGUUUCUCCGAAAAAGGUUCUAAAUCAAGUUCUGGGUCAAAAAUACAAACUAAAAGUUACGAUAAUUUAAUAGGAGGUGAUAAAAUCCAUUCUAGUGAAGAAAAAUUGUUUAAAUCAAAACGAAGCGAGAGAAAAAGAUCAGACAAACUGAACGUUCGCCAUUUAAUAGCCAGCGAGUCUUCCCUAAACAAUUACAAGAUGGAAUUGCUUAACAAAUAUUUAGUUACUCAGCGUGGAGAAGGCGAAACUUUCAUAACACUUGGUCGUCCUCCAUCACAAGCCGAAACGAAAAAGUUUUCUACGAAUCAAACUAUCGAUUUAAACAAACCGAGUAAUGUUAAACAUAAUGUUAAUAAUUUUGGGGUGAUUUCAAAAGAAAAUCAAACAAAAAAAUCCCACAACUUGAAUGAACGCAAGAAACGAAAGAAAACAAAAAUAAUGAAUCAGUUGAACUUCACAACCAACAAUAAUUCAUCUGAAAAACCAACAAACUUGAGUAGUCCAGGUUUUGGCAAAAUGAAUUACAUCGAAGGAGCUUCAAGUACUGAUCAGACGAUAACUUCAGAUUCAUCACGGCAAAAUUUUAAAAAUAAAAAAUCAAAGAAUGAAAUAUUUUUUGAAAAUUAUAGCGAUUCUACAAUUCUGAAACGAAAAACAAAUGCAAUUCGAGAGUUCAAAACUCAUCGUUUAUCCAGCUUACCAGAAUUAGAAAUGAAAACUGCAAACGAGGAUAUUGCGCAGAUCGGUUCAAAAAGCUCUAUUCAAGGAAAUUACGAAAUUGAAGCAGUACUUCAUAUUUCUUCUUACGAUACAAAUAAUUUUUUUGAAAAAAAGUUAAUUGCAGAACAACAAAACUAUGAAAAAUUUGAUAACCAAUAUGUUGAUGAAAACGCAAAAAUUGAUGAUUCAAAGUUGAAAGCGCACGAUGACUUUUUCAAAAACACUGCGUUCGAUUUGAAAAUAGGUCCUUCUUUACAUAAUAAUUCAACAAAAAUAAUGGAAAAGUCCCCAAGAAAUUAUUUAUUUAAAGAUUCCACUACCACCUCAGCAGAAUCACUCCAUGCAUUGGAUGCCACUAAAAAAAAGUCUUCACUAAAUAGCCAUGUACUUUUUUUAAAAUUACCAGAAAAAGAAAUAGUAUUAGAUUCCACCGUUUGUUCAAAAUCUGUUGAAAAGGCGCUUACCGAAAUUUCCAUGACAGAGGAACAACGAACUUUCACCUUCAACGCAGAAAGAGAUUCUAAAUUCGACUCACAAUUAAACGACGCUAUGCCUGAAAAUAAAUUAUUUAAACGGUCAAGUUAUUUUGUUGCAUCUUCUACAACUUCAAGCGGUAUAGACAAAUUUAAAAACGCUAUUCCUGUGUUGGCCAACAAAAUAAAUAUAGACAAAUUAUAUUCAGCAAAAUUUAAUGAAACUGCCCAAAUAGAUCUUUUUCAAGUUGCACCUGAAACUGUUAAUGAAGCCGUAUUAGCUGCCACUGAUUCAAUUUUACCGGAAGCAGCCAAAUCUAAUUUAUUUUCGUCGACAACAAAUAUGGGUUCAGCUGAAAGACCAAGAACACACAAUAAAGUAGGCAAACUUAAAGCCAUUUCAUGUGAUGUAACUAGAAUAAAUUCUGAAGAAUUAAACGUAACUGAAGCAGCCUCCAAAAACUCAAGUAAACUUUUUUCUAACAAAUUAUCUAGUUCAACAUUUGUUGGCUCUGAAAUUUCCGGUUCUGAUUUUGAUAAAACGAACAGAACAUCUUCAAAAAAAACAACUACAACAACUGAGAAAGUUGCAUCUCUAACUGAAACAGAAGAAAGUUCUACUGAUAAAAAUAAAAUAGACAUAUCAAAAAAGAAGUCUGACAAAAAUUUUUCAUCUAAGAAGAAAAAAACAAUAAAACCCGUAUUGACAAAGAAAGUUAAUAAGACCACAAAGACAAACGAGGAAGUAUUGAAAAAUUUCGAAUCAGGUGCAUCAAUCAACGAAACUAAAUCAUCAACUAAUGAGUCUACUGAAAAAGAAACUUCUAAAACAAAACGAAAACAUACUGAACCGAAAUCCAAAAUUAAAAAUGAAAAAAAAACUUUGAAAAAUGUCUUACUAAAAGCAACUAACUUUACAAAAAGUGUAAAAUCAAGUGUAAAGGAAACGCGCGAACCAGCCGCUAAAAAAGUUGGAUGA